ACAUUAGCUAGCAAAGCAUGGUAUGUCACCGCCAUCGCAGAAAUUUACUGAACUUUCGAGAGUUUUACGGGGGUUUGGAAGGGCUUGAGGAUUGGGAGAACAGAACGGGAUAGGUGAUUUUUACAGUGCGUGUUUCUCUUUCUCUAAAUUCAGGGGGGGAUAUUUAAAAUGGAAACCAGUGUGAAUCGCGGAUUCGUCAACCUGUGGUCCCGGUGGACAGAGAAAAGAAGCGCAAUUCAAUCAUGCGCUGGGGGAUCACGUGCUUCACCCUUGGAGUCAAAGCAGGAGAAUUUAUUCGAAAGUUAAUUUGGUGAUCUUGGAAAGGGAGUCGGGAAUUUCUGAGGCCAUAUUUUUCGGAUUGUUUCACACUCUCGGAUUUCAUCGAGAGCGAUACGGGUAUUGGCGUCGUAGCUGUUCGCGUUGUGGAUGGUGUGCGGGCAGUGCUGUUCGACUCUGUUUUGCAGGGCAAUUCCUCAAUACUUGAUUCAAGGACUUCUCGCGGUCAAGGGGUCUUUACUUACUUCAGUGCCGCCUUAUUCCGCUGUGAGAGGAUGAUCUGCAAGCUUUUUACUCCAAAGAGCUUCUCCCCGUGUGAAUAUCCUUGCGUAUUGAGAUACACAGAGAUAGUUUCUUUGAAUUGGUCACCACAAUGCAGAAGCUCAGCUGGUGGAUGCAAUGCUUGGUUCUCCGGACACUGCCUGGGUCGCUUCUGCGGCGUGAAGGGUACCGGAUUAUUCAAGUAUCAGGAUCAGGUGUAGAUGACAGAGAAGAGGCGAUGCCUCUGCGACCGAAUAGUCUACCGCUCCCCGCGGGUGGUACAUUCAAAUCCUGCUGGAGCGGAAACUUCUGCUCGGCGGGCACCCUGGCAAUGACUGUGAUUAUCGUUCUGCUUAUGCAUUCAUGCCUGGAUUCCUGGCCAGCCUCCUCACAUAAGAAGAAUUGGCAACAAAUUUUUGUUGAGUCUAUUGACAACAAUAGCAUCAGUAACCAUUUGAAACAAAUCACGAAGGAGCCUCAUGUGGCAGGAACCUCAGAGAAUUUCAAGACAGCUGAUUAUGUAGAGUCUAAUUUCAAGACCUAUGGUCUGAAUGCGCAUCACAAGGACUACAAUGUGCUAUUGACCUAUCCAUUGCAUCGAUCAGUGGUACUUACACAGCCGAAUCACGAGCCGAUUAAACUUUUGUUGAACGAGGAAGCUGUGGCUGGUGAUCCAUAUAGCAACAAUUCAAAUAUUAUCCCAACCUUCCAUGCAUAUGCUCCGUCAGGAAAUGCGUCAGCUGAGGUCAUAUAUGCAAACUAUGGGGCACUGGAGGAUUUUCAAAAACUAGCCCAGCUCGGUGUCAAGGUUGAAGGGGCGAUCGUUAUUGCGAAAUAUGGUAUGAUAUAUCGCGGGGAUAUUGUUGAGAAUGCGGCACAAGCAGGAGCUGUUGCAGUUGUGAUUUACUCUGAUCCUUUGGACUAUGGAAAUAACGGCACUGAGGGCUAUUAUCCUGAUUCGCAAUGGUUACCCCCAAGCGGUGUACAACGGGGAUCUGUAUUUAGAGGAAUUGGUGAUCCCUUGACGCCUGGGUGGGCAAGCGAAACAGAUGCUGAAAGACUAUCCGUGGAUGACCCUAGCGCUCAGAUGCCUCGAAUCCCGUCGUUGCCAAUCUCUGCUGAAGAUGCUCUUCCAAUUUUAAGAUCCUUGGAGGGUCCGGUAGCUCCAAGUGAGUGGCAAGGAGCGCUUAACUUAUCUGAAUACAAGUUGGGACGGGGCCCUGGGAGACUUGACAUCUCAUACGUGGCUAAUCAGACGGUUACUUCCAUUCGAAAUGUUUUUGCCACGAUUAAAGGAUCAAAGGAGCCUGACAGGUUGGUAUUGCUUGGUAAUCACCGCGACGCAUGGACAUUUGGAGCUGUGGACCCUAACAGCGGCACAGCAGCACUUUUAGAGCUGGCUCGAGUAAUUGGGAAACUUAUGGAGGAAGGUUGGCGUCCUCACAGGAGCAUUGUGUUGUGCAGCUGGGAUGCUGAAGAAUAUGCCCUGAUAGGAUCAACUGAAUGGGUGGAGCAAAACAUUGAUAUUCUCGGUGCGAGCGCGGUAGCAUACUUGAAUGUUGACUUCGGAGUAGCUGGACCUGGUUUUAAUGCAGCAGCCUCUCCGCAACUUGAUGAACUCCUAAUAGAAAUUACCAAGCAGGUAACAGACCCAGAUGACGUCAAACAGAGCUUGUACACGUCAUGGGUGGCCUCAAGCAAUAAAACAACGCCUACUAUUGAUAGGUUAGGUGGGGGGGGAUCAGACUAUGCCGCCUUUCUACAACAUGCAGGCGUGCCAUCGAUGGAUAUCUCCUUUGGUGCCGAUUAUUCUGUGUACCAUAGUACCUUUGAUAACUAUAAUUGGAUGGCCAAGUUUGGCGAUCCUUUGUUUCGUCGUCAUGUUUCUGUGACCAGUGUGUGGGGCUUAUUAGCCUUGAGGCUUGCGGAUGACAAAGUCCUGCCUAUGAAGUAUGAAAAAUAUGCAAGCGAACUUUAUUCAUAUGCCCUUGCAAUAAAUUCAGGGCUAUCAUCAUCGGAGGCUCCUAAAAGUAUCACUGUUGCCCCUCUUUUCUCGGCUAUCAAGGACCUGCAUCUUUCGACUUAUCAACUGACAGAUGAACUGAACAUCUUGGAGCAAGAAGGGCUGGAAAAGCUGUCGGAAUUGUCUUCGGAUCUUUUGUACAGCCGACGUGAACUCAACGAUCGUUUGCUUCGGGCAGAGCGUGCAUUUCUCGACAGUGACGGAAUACCUGGAGCGUCUUGGUACAAACAUCUGGUUUAUGGACCUGUUCCAAACGACAACUACGGAUCACUUUCAUUCCCAGCUAUCUGGGGUACUAUUCACGAGGCCACAGGUAAUGGCAACAGUGCUUUGAACGCAACGAAAUGGGCGGCAGUGCAGCAUGAAGUGUAUCGCAGUGCACGGGUCACAAGGAGGGCAUCACUUGUACUACGAGGCAAGCUUACAUGAUUACGGUGUCCAAAACCUGUUUUUAGGCAUAGUGUGCACAAUGGAGGUCUUAACUUUUAAAUGUUUUGAUUGGUUGAAAUUAAGAAGCUUUCUUGAGUUUGCUUUAUAUUUCAAAAAACAAGUCUAAAUAAGUAAAAAAAAUAAAAUGUGGUGGAAUUUAUUUUUUUCCUA